UUUUUACUUUUUUAUUAUUUGGAAAAAUAUUAUUAUCGCUAGAGGCAUGUUUUAGGUAAUUGGGUAAAAAUAAACGUUUCAAAAUUAAUGCUACCUUAAAAUCGAAUCUUGAAUCACUAUGGCAACACAAUGCCUAGAACAUGCAACACGUAAAAGACCAAGAAGGAAUAGAGGAACAGAAGACGAAGAAAGAUGCAACUGGGAAUGGUUUGAAUCUUGAUACCUUGCUUCUCCACUCGGAAUGACGCGAUUCUGAAGGUUACUAAUAGUGAUGGGAAUAAGGAGAAUGAAUUGCGAAGCAUCCUCUUCAUGGUCGAACCAUGUUUUCUUGAGUUUCAGGGGUGAGGACACACGCAGAGGUUUCACAGACCAUCUUUUCGCUUCACUGGAGAGAAGGGGGAUUAAAACUUUCAAGGAUGAUCAUGAUCUCGAGAGGGGCAAAGUUAUAUCAGUGGAACUCAUGAAAGCCAUCGAAGAUUCCAUGUUUGCACUCAUCAUUCUCUCACCCAACUAUGCCUCUUCAACAUGGUGUUUGGAUGAACUUCAGAAGAUUGUGGAUUGCAAGAAAGAAGCUUUUCCAAUCUUCCAUGGCGUAGACCCCUCUGAUGUGAGGCAUCAAAGAGGGAGCUUUGCCAAGGCCUUCGAAGAGCAUGAAGAGAAAUUCAGAGAAGACAAAGAGAAGGUGGAAAGAUGGAGACAUGCCUUGAGACAAGUUGCAAGUUACUCUGGAUGGGACUCCAAGGAUCAGAGUGAAGCAACACUGAUUGAAACAAUUGUCGGACACAUAGAGAAAAAAAUAAUUCCUAGACUUCCAUGUUUCACAGAUAAUCUUGUCGGAAUUGAUUCACGGAUGAAAGAAGUGAUUUCACUCAUGGGCAUAGGGUUAAAUGAUAUUCGCUUCAUAGGAAUAUGGGGCAUGGGAGGCAUAGGUAAAACAACACUGGCUAGAUUAGUCUAUGAAAAAAUCAAAGAGAAAUUCAAGGUUUGUUGCUUUCUUGAAAACAUCAGAGAGUUGUCUAAGACAAAUGGCUUAGUUCACAUUCAAAAGGAAAUUCUUUCCCAUCUUAAUGUAAGAAGCAAUGAUUUUUAUAAUCUUUAUGAUGGGAAAAAGAUAAUAGCAAACUCUUUAAGCAACAAAAAGGUACUUCUUGUUCUUGAUGAUGUAAGUGACAUAAGCCAAUUGGAGAAUUUAACUGGAAAGCGAGAAUGGUUUGGUCCAGGAAGCAGACUAAUAAUCACAACUAGAGAUAAGCACCUGCUAAAGACAUAUGGAGUGGAUGUAACCUAUAAGGCCAGAGGCUUAGCCCAAAAUGAAGCCCUUCAGCUCUUUUGUUUGAAAGCAUUUAAACAAGAUCAACCUAAAAAAGAGUAUUUGAAUUUGUGCAAAGGAGUGGUUGAAUAUGCAAGAGGCCUUCCAUUGGCACUUGAGGUAUUGGGUUCCCAUCUUUAUGGAAGAACCUUUGAGGUUUGGCAUAGUGCUUUAGAACAAAUAAGAAGCUUUCCACACUCCAAAAUCCAAGAUACACUGAAAAUAAGUUAUGACAGUUUGGAACCUCUGGAGAAAAAAAUGUUCCUAGAUAUUGCAUGUUUCUUUGUAGGAAUGGACAUAGAUGAAGUGAUGAAUAUCUUGGAAAAUUGUGGUGAUCAUCCCAGAAUUGGAAUUGACAUUUUAACUGAAAGAUCUUUGGUAACCCUUGAUAGGGUGAGCAAUAAGUUGGGGAUGCAUGAUUUGCUACAAGAAAUGGGUAGGAAUAUUGUAUAUCAAGAAUCUCCAAAUGACCCAGGGAAACGUAGUAGGUUGUGGUCUCAAAAGGAUAUUGAUUAUGUAUUGACAAAAAACAAGGGAACUGAUGAAAUUCGAGGCAUUGUUCUGAACUUAGUUCAACCGUAUGAUUGUGAAGCACGCUGGAACACAGAAUCCUUCUCCAAGAUAAGUCAGCUAAGGUUUCUCAAGUUAUGUGAUGUGCAGCUUCCUCGUGGCCUCAGCUGCCUCCCGAGUGCACUAAACGUUGUACAUUGGAGAGGAUGUCCUCUGAAAACCCUGCCACUUAGUAAUCAACUUGAUGAAGUUGUUGACCUCAAAUUGCCUCACAGCAGAAUAGAACAACUUUGGCAUGGGACAAAGCUUCUAGACAAGCUAAAGUUCAUCAAUUUGAGCUUCUCAAAGAACCUGAAGCAAUCCCCAGACUUUGUUGGGGUUCCAAAUCUUGAAUCAUUGGUUCUUGAAGGUUGCACAAGUUUAACUGAGGUUCAUCCAUCCCUUGUACGCCACAAGAAACUUGUUAGUUUGAAUUUAAAAGACUGUAAAAAGCUCAAAAGUCUUCCAAGUAAAAUGGAGACGAGUUCCUUGAAUGAUUUAAAUCUUUCUGGUUGUUCUCAAUUUAAAUGUCUUCCAGAGUUUGCUGAAAGCAUGGAACAUUUGUCAGUGCUUUCUUUAGAGGGGACUGCUAUAACAAAGCUACCCACAUCACUGGGAUGUCUAACUGGCCUUUCUCAUUUGGAUAUGAAGAAUUGCAAGAAUCUUGUUUGCAUUCCAGAUACCAUUCAUAAAUUAAGAUCUCUCAUAGUUCUGAAUGUUUCUGGCUGCUCAAAACUUAGUAGUUUGCCAGAGGGCUUAAAGGAAAUCAAGUGCUUAGAGGAACUUAAUGCAAGUGAAACUGCUAUUCAAGAGCUACCUUCAUUUGUAUUUUAUCUUGAAAACCUCAAUGAUAUCUCAUUUGCUGGGUGCAAAGGGCCUGUAUCAAAAUCGGCAAAUGGAUUUUUUCUCCCCUUUAAGUGGCUGUUUGGGAAUCAUCAAACUUCUAUUGGAUUUAGAUUACCACCUUCAGCACUGAGUCUACCCUCUUUGAAGAGAAUAAAUUUAAGUUAUUGCAAUCUAUCUGAAGAGUCAUUCCCAGAUGAUUUUUAUUGCUUAUCUUCAUUGGUGAUUCUAGAUCUCACUGGCAACAAUUUUGUUAGCUUACCAAGUAGCAUUUCCAAACUGGCAAGGCUUGAGCGUCUUAUCUUAAACUACUGCAAAAAGCUUCAAAGGUUGCCAGAGCUUCCAUCAAACAUGCGAGGAUUGGAUGCAAGCAAUUGCACUUCAUUUGAGAUUUCCAAAUUCAAUCCAUCCAAACCAUGUAGUCUUUUUGCAUCACCUGCAAAAUGGCAUUUACCAAGACAGCUGAAAGGCGUUUUGGAGAAACUGCGUCUUCCCAGAGAAAGAUUUGACAUGCUUAUCAGAGGGAGUGAAAUUCCACCAUGGUUUGCCCCUAAUAAAUGUGUUUCAUUUGCAAAAAUAUCAGUCCCUCAUAAUUGCCCUAUAAAUGAAUGGGUGGGAUUUGCUUUGUGUUUCCUCUUAGUAAGUUAUGUUGUCCCUCCUGAUGUGUGCCAUCAUGAAGUUGAUUGCUAUUUCUUUGGACCUCAUGGUAAGGUUUGUAUCAGCUCCAGGUGUUUACCGCCCAUGGAGCCAUGCGAUCCUCACCUUUAUAUUAUCUAUCUGUCCUUUGAUGAAUUGCGUGACAUAAUUUGUAAAGGCGGUGACUGCAGGGAAAUUGAAUUUGUACUGAAAACGUAUUGUUGUCAUUCACUUCAAAUAGAGAGGUGUGGGAGUCGUUUGGUAUGUAAACAAGAUGUUGAAGAUAUUUAUGGAAAUGGUUUGUAGGUUUUAUCCUAA